AUGUUCUUGACUCUGAAGCUAAAGUUGGUGUUAGCGUUGCGGUUCACCAAUAUACCGAAAUUAAGGCAAUACGACAAGUCGAAACUUCAAUACGCCCUCAGUGACAUACAAAACGGCACAGAAUCUUACCGAACAGCCGAAAAUAAGUACGGAAUUCCGAAAUCCACUUUAGAAUUUCAACUGAAACAUCCCAGUCAUAAAGAAACCUUGGGUCCACCGCCAAUUUUAACAAGUGAAGAAGAGGCUUUGUUACUGGAUAAAAGAUAAUGCUGCAAAG